UGACGGCGCCGGCCACGCCCCUCGGGGCGUGAGCGGGCGCGAGAGCUGGGCCGGAGCCGGCCUGGGAUCCCGCCGAGCCGAGCGCAGCGAGCGAAGCGCCUGGGCGGCGGCGGCAGCGCGAUGGCUCCGGCGGUGGACCGGGAGGGCUACUGGGGCCCCACGACCUCUACGCUGGACUGGUGCGAGGAGAACUACGCCGUGACCUGGUACAUCGCCGAGUUCUGUACCUCCUUCUGGCAAGGGAAUACAGUGAGCAACCUGAUUAUGAUCAUACCUCCAAUUUUUGGUGCAAUUCAGAGUGUUAGAGAUGGACUGGAAAAGCGGUACAUUGCUUCGUAUUUAGCACUCACAGUGGUAGGAAUGGGAUCCUGGUGCUUCCACAUGACUCUGAAAUACGAAAUGCAGCUGUUGGAUGAGCUUCCAAUGAUCUACAGCUGUUGCAUAUUUGUGUACUGUAUGUUUGAAUGUUUCAAGAGCAAGAACUCUGUAAACUACCAUCUGCUUUUUGCCUUAGUUCUAUUCAGUUUAAUAGUAACCACAGUUUACCUUAAAGUAAAAGAACCUAUAUUCCAUCAGGUCAUGUAUGGAAUGUUGGUUUUCACAUUAGUCCUGCGAUCAAUUUAUAUUGUUACGUGGGUUUAUCCAUGGCUUAGAGGACUGGGUUAUACCUCUUUGGGUGUAUUUUUGUUUGGAUUUUUAUUAUGGAAUAUAGAUAACAUCUUUUGUGUUUCACUGAGGAAUUUUCGAAAGAAGGUGCCCCCUAUCAUAGGUGUUACCACCCAGUUCCAUGCAUGGUGGCAUAUUUUAACUGGCCUUGGUUCUUAUCUUCACAUCCUUUUCAGUUUAUAUACAAGAACACUUUACCUGAGAUACAGGCCAAAAGUGAAGUUUCUCUUCGGAAUCUGGCCAGUGAUCAUGUUUGAGCCUCUCAGGAACCACUGACGAAUUAUUCCACCAAGGAAAAAAGAAUAUAUCUACCAUAGGCCUCGCAAAAGGAAUAAGAAAAUCCUUAGAGAUCUACAUGUUCAAAUAUAUCAUGACCAUCACAAUAAAGGAGGGCCCGUCAAACUAAUGCUACCAGCCACACAGUGCAUGCAGAAUGGGGCCUGUUGGGUGUUUAGCUCAUGGCUUUAUCUCAUCCUAAGUUGUUUAUGAAGAAACAGUUAUGAUGUGUAUGUACAUACUUGAAUGCUGGGAUAACUGAGCUUUUCUUAACAGAUUAACAGUUUGUGCUGGACAUAGGAAAUUAACCAUUUUCGCUUUUGACAAGGGUUACAUGUGAAUUAUAACUUUCUUAAUAUUUGAUUAAUAAUGAAAACAGUGAGCUAAGGACUGGAAAAACCCCAUAUGCAGAUGGUCAGCUUGAGCCAGCAUUUAGCUGUGUCAGCCUUGAUUUAUACUGUUGUCAUAUUAACCUCAUGGAUGGUUUUCCAAUGGUAGAAAGGAAAAAAAAAAAAAAAAGGAAGCUCGCUAGCUGCUGGGUUCUGGGUGGCUCUUCACUGUGUCUCAGUGUUGCAGACAAGCUCGAGCUUACCACCGGGUUCCAUGCUUGUCACUUCCCAGCCCGAGCGAAUGGGCCAUCCCGUGAUCUUUCUGAGGGCCCACAGCACCUGCAGAAUGCUACAGCCCUGUCAGGUAAAGGUGAUUGCUCUGUUCCUGUUGAUCUUUGUAGAUCUUUAGGUUAUUUAUGUUUUUAUGACUCAGCAAACAUGACUGGUGGUGUGAACUGUUGCUAUUCCAUCCUAAUAGCAUAACUUGCUUGAAAAUAUCAGAAAACUGACUUUUAACAUCAUGCAGUGUUUUCCCAUCUCAGAGAGGCCAUGGGUUGUGCUUAAGAGGACAUCAAACUAAACAGUUCCAAUGCCCAGGUCAAAAGACUUUUCUUUCUUGUGCCUCACGACUGACUUCUGGCUGUAUUUCAUCUGCAGCUACCAGGGCCACUAGCUAGUGCACACUUGAAUGAAUUCAUUGGUUUCAUCCCAUUAUCUUUUUGUACUUUUCAGCCAGAUAUAAUCCUUCAUAGAGCAUCUACAGGUAGAAACAGAGGCACUCCUUCGUGACUGAAAUUCUGCAGUAUUAAAGUCAGAUUCAGACGGAGGCCAGCAGGGCAGUUUGUUGAGUGAGGGAUUCAGCCGCCAUCACCCUUAGUAACUUGAAUACAGCUUCCCAGCACCUUUUUGGAAAGGCAGCUGCACGCCUGGAAGACUUAAGGGUGCGGCCAGUUCCUCACAGAUGCUGGUUCCGAUAGACUACUGAGCUUGCAAGCUCAGCAUCAGGCUUGUUAGAGGUGCUGCGCAGCAGCAGAGACAAAGCCGGCCUCUUUAUUCCCCAAGCAGCUGGGUCUCACACGGCGGCUCUGUGCGGCAGCCUCAGCAAGCGCUCCGGAUUGGCCGUCUGUCUCUGCCACUGCUGACCGAGGGGAUGUUGCUAGCCACCUUUAUAUCAGUGGCCUUAUCUUUUCUCCUUCUAGGAUUCUAGGACUUUACAAGGUUGGAUUUGUCCCCUCUCCCUUCCCUCUGUUUUCUUGGAAAACUUCCUGUUAACUAGAGUAUACAAAAAUCCAGUUCCCCACUGAGCACGUACCGAAGUGGAAAGUGCUCCUCCGUGAGCCUCCAACACGAACUCUGCUAGAGAACAUCCACUUUACGAGGGCGUAGAAGUACCCUGCUCACACAUUUGAAUAUCCAUCUUGUGCUGCCAUUUCACUCUGGGAAACUGAAGCAAUUUACUUUUUUCUUUUCUUUCUUUUUUUUUUUUUUUUUUUUAGAAAAACUAGGUGAAAGGUGGUGGUGGUCAUCUGAUUAGCCUUUCUAGCCGCCCCUCCCUACCGUGGUGCUUUUAAAAAACAUCCCCAGACCUGAAGUAAUCUCUUUCAUUCUUGUGAUAAUGAUUUGCUUGUGAAUAAUCUGCAAAUGAGGACCCAAAUAACAGAAGUAGAUCAAAUAUUAUGGUUUAAUCAUACUGCAACAUUCCAGGGCAGUAAAUCUAUAUACAAAGAGGAUCUUUCUUAUAAUAAGGAGAGGGGUGUCAGUCAAAGAAAAUUAGGAAGCCAGUGACUUCAUGCAUAUGGUGCAUGAACAUCUUUAAAUGCCUCUCAUAAUUACCUUCUGUUGUAAAGCCAGUGUCCCUGAAAGUGUAUGAUAAAGAGUGCUUACGAGUUUUAUGAAUUCCAUACUUCAUCCUUGAAGACAAUUAUUUGUGGCUAAACUUGACAAUUAAGCAAGUUAAGGAAAUUCUUUUGGCCUUGUGGUUUAUGACAUGCUACUGGAUGAGCAUUUAUGUAAAACUGAUGUUUCCGAAAGAACCAGUCAUUACUGGAAUGUGCAACUGUGGCUAUCUGCAGAUCUACCUCUGUGUUAAAUUCGCCACCAUAUCAAUGCUAUAAUAUUGUUGGAUCAUGAUGUCUGGUUGUUUGAUGUCUACACUUACAUUUUGUUUACUGUGCUCUAACCAUUUGGAAAUAAGGAUUAAAAUGUGGUUAAAAGCUGGGCAGGCAUUUGACCUAGCA